AUGAAACAAAAUCCACAUGAUUGUAAAUGUAUAAUCGAUCGUUUAUUUACUGGGCAAUUACAAUCUGAUUUGACAUGUACAAAAUGCGGAAGAAUUUCAACAAAAUUAGAUCCAUAUUGGGAUAUUUCUUUAGAAUUAUUAAAUGGAAAAACAGCAGCAACAACAACAAUUAGAGAAGAAACAUUAACAGAAAAAUUAAAAGAAGAAGAAAAUAGAAGGAGUGAAUCUGUUGGAAGUAAUUCUUUAUGUUCAACAACAACAACUUUUAUAUCUAAUUUAAAUAAUGAGGAAAAUAAAAAUGAAUUAUCUUUAGAAGAAUGUUUAUUAAGUUUUGUCCGCGCAGAAAAUUUGGGAACAAAAAUUAAAUGUGAACGUUGUGGUACUUAUGAAAUAUCAACAAAACAAUUAACUUUGAGAAAAUUGCCAAUUGUUGCUUGUUUUCAUUUAAAACGUUUUGAACAUGUUAAUACUUCAAAUAAAAGACAAAAAAUAAUUAAACCUUUUCGUUUUCCAGAAUCUAUUGAUUUAACUCCAUAUACAACACCUUACAGGAAUAUUCAUGAAGGUUGUAGUAAAGAAAUGAGACAAACUAGACAAAAAUUAACAUCUUUAAGUAAUCAAUAUUCACUAUUUGCUGUUGUUAACCAUACUGGUUCUACAGAAAGUGGACAUUACACUUGUUAUGUUCGCCAUCAAAGAGAUAAUUGGUUUAAUUGUAAUGAUCAAAAAAUUAGAAAAGAACGAUUAGAAGAUGUACUUUCGAGUGAAGGUUAUUUACUUUUUUAUUGCAAAAGCUUUAUUGAUUAUGACUGA